AUGUUUAUAUUGAUAGCAUGUGUGGUGGUACUAUCAGCCACCGCGAUAGCCGUGAUAAGGUCCAAGAAACCUUUGAAAUUAAUUUUGGCUGAGGCCAAAUACGAAUUGUUGUACAGUGCCAUGGGCUCUAAGUAUAUGAUGCACGAUAUACUUAUGAGGAAAAAAAAUAUUACAGAUUUGCCUUUGAAAUCGGGUAAAACAGCAGUUAUAACAGGCGGCACUCGUGGCAUUGGUUUGGAAGUAAUUAAACUAUUACUUAAAUGUGAUAUUAAUGUAAUUAUAGGUUGUAGAAAUAUUCAACAAGGUGAAAAUCUUCUACCAAAAUUCCGUGAAGAAGGCAUUUCAACAGGGAAUAUUGAAGUAUUUCAAUUAGAUAUUAGCGUAUUAGAAUCGGUUAGAAAAUUUGCUGAACUAGUCAAAAACAAACACGACAAGAUUGAUUAUUUAAUCAAUAAUGCAGGAAUAAUGUUCGGGUCCUAUGUAGAAUCCCGAGACGGUUACGAAUCCCAAUUUUCAACCAAUUAUUUGGGCCACUUUUUGCUUACCUACUUAUUGUUGCCAAACUUAAAAAAAUCUGGCACGGAAAAUCUCAAAUCCAGAAUUAUAAAUGUGUCUUCUUGCGCGCACAUUAUGGGCAAAAUUAAUUUUGACGAUAUCAAUUGCAGAGCUCAGUAUAUUCCUGGGGAAGCUUACGCUCAAUCCAAAUUAGCUCAGAUUCUAUUCUCGAAUCAUUUGAAUGAGCUUUUGAAAAAGGAAAAUGCCAACGUCCAAGUCCAUUCUGUGCAUCCAGGUUUAGUCGAUACAGGGUUAUUUAAUGAUACAAAUAUGAAAACAGUGGCGCCAUGGCUGCCAUCGUUGUUUUUUAAGACUCCUGAACGUGGUGCCUAUCCGAUUAUUCAUGCAUGCCUCUCACCAGUACUGGAAGGAAAAGGUGGUACCUACAUUGAUAACUGUCAGGUGGUUCCGGCAAGUGACAGAGCUGAAAAUGUGGAACUGCAAGAGAAACUUUUCAGUUUUACUAAGAAACUGUUGGAUAUUGAAACGAAGUUUUAUGUGCCUGCAAAAGGUUACGCUCAAUCCAAAUUGGCUCAAAUUUUGUUUUCCAAUUAUCUAAACGCUUUGCUUGUAAGGGAACAAGAACAAGUUCGAGUUUAUUCUGUUCAUCCUGGAGUUAUAGAUACUGAUAUCAUGAAAAGCCAUUGGUAUGGUAGUAUACCUGGGUUUGUAAGAAAAUUCUUUUUUAGGACUCCAGAAGAAGGAGCAAUUCCGGUCCUUUACGCCUGCUUAUCGAAAGAUUUGGAAAAUAAUGGUGGAACUUAUAUAAUGGAUUCUAAAAUUCAUGCUCCAAGUGAAAAGGCAGCAAAUGUUAAGCUUCAAAAGGAGUUUUUUGAUUUUUCUAAAAACUUAAUUGAAACAAAAAGCUUUAGUACAUUAGAAUAA